AUGCCCACUCCAUCCUCUGCACUGUCAGGCCUCAGCCCCAAAGGGAGCCUACCACGGAUGAGCGCACUGCUACAGUGCCCCCUGUGCCUCCAAACACUGCCCCAGGCAGGCAUCACCCAGGAACUGCCUGCCACCGACACUGCCCAGCAGGUAAUGGCGGUGGUGAGUGCACUAGCCGCCAAAGUGGACAACCUGACUGCAACAGUCUCUGGUCUUAGUACCAAGUUUGCCGCCUUCAAGAACCAGCAGCACACAGUAUGCAGUGGGACCUCCACUGUGGCCCCAACCCCAUCCCCAGCCAGCGGUGCUCAGCAAGGCCAAGGAGAGAGUGCCGUGUGUCAGCAUAGCCUAUGCGACCCACCCAAGAAAAAGGACAAUGCUGCAGGGCAAUGUGCAAUUGCUGCUGCACCCACACCGAGGAUGGAUACCCCCGCCAAGCCAGUCAAGGGAUCCACACGACAGCUCCGGAGCCCCUCAGGGAUGGCCCCUGCUCCCCUUGCUUCAGAGAGCAAGUCACCUGCGGCAGACUGUGAGGAGGAUAAUGCAGACUGCCAGCCCCAAGCCAGGUCAGGGACAUCUGAUGGCAGCCAUGCAGAUGCUGAUGGAGCAGAUGUCUUGCCUGACACAGGAAGUGGACAGCCUGAAGACACAGAUGCAACACCAUCGCAAUGA